AUGGUCCGAGCUCAAUCCCGCGGCGGCGUGGUGGGUGGAGCUCCGAGCAUCAACACGCCGAAGCCAGCCAAUUCCCUGCCGACAACCGCUGUCCCCUUCCACGUCGCUGCCAUGCUCUCUGGAAUUCUCAUCUUCAACCAAAAGGGUGAGAACCUCAUCUUUCGCGCCUUCCGCAACGACUGCCGCCCGCGACUUGCCGAUGUCUUCCGCAUUCAGGUCAUCUCCAACGCCCAAGUACGCUCGCCCAUCCUCACACUUGGCUCCACCACCUUUAGCCAUGUCAAACACGAGAACAUAUACCUGGUCGCCGUGACCAAGAGCAAUGCCAAUGCGGCGCUCGUCUUUGAGUUUCUGUACCGUUUGGUGGGAUUGGGAAAGGCUUACUUCGGCAAGUUCGACGAGGAGGCUGUAAAGAACAACUUCGUACUGGUCUAUGAGCUACUGGACGAGAUUCUGGAUUUUGGAUACCCACAGAAUACAGAGACAGACACGUUGAAGAUGUACAUUACAACUGAAGGUGUCAAGUCGGAAAGGGCAAUGGAGGACUCCUCGAAGAUCACAAUGCAAGCAACCGGUGCCCUUUCCUGGCGGCGGGCCGAUAUCAAGUACCGCAAGAACGAAGCCUUCGUCGAUGUUAUCGAGGACGUCAACCUGCUCAUGUCCGCGACGGGAACAGUACUGCGAGCCGACGUGAACGGACAGAUCAUAAUGCGCGCAUACCUCUCGGGCACACCCGAGUGCAAGUUCGGCCUCAACGACCGACUAACGCUGGGCGAAGACCAUCUGCAACAACCGUCUGGAAACAAGGCAGGCGCGAAGGCUACAAGGGCGGCAGCGGGAAGUGUGACGUUGGAAGACUGUCAAUUCCACCAAUGCGUGAAGCUGGGCAAGUUCGAUGCGGACAGGAUAAUAUCCUUUGUUCCGCCCGACGGCGAGUUCGAGCUGAUGCGCUACCGAGCGACUGAGAAUGUCAAUCUGCCUUUCAAGGUGCACGCUAUUGUCAACGAGGUCGGCAAGACCAAGGUCGAAUACAGCAUUGCUAUUCGCGCCAACUACGGCUCCAAGCUUUUCGCGACAAACGUUGUCGUGCGGAUACCAACACCUCUCAACACGGCGCGCAUCACAGAGCGGACAUCACAAGGCAAAGCCAAGUACGAGCCGGAGCACAACAACAUUGUCUGGAAGAUACCGAGAUUCACAGGGCAAAGCGAGUUUGUGCUGAGUGCCGAGGCCAGCCUAACCAGCAUGACCAACCAGAAGGCGUGGUCCCGACCACCGCUCAAUCUGAGCUUCUCAUUAUUGAUGUUCACCAGUUCGGGGCUACUUGUGCGAUACCUGAAGGUGUUUGAGAAGAGCAACUACAGCAGUGUAAAGUGGGUGCGCUACAUGACGAGAGCGGGUAAUUAUGAAAUAAGCUGCUCCAUCAUGGAGGGCGUUGCUGCGUUCUCUCUAAUAUGCAACGUUAUACAGGUUGUCGAGCUUUCUCGAAAAAUCAUCACGACAGCAAAAGAGAUCCAGUCUUCUCGCAGCGGUGCGAUAGAUGAUCAUGAAGAGUUGCAGGUCGCGGCUACAUACCUACAGCGUACUGUUGAUGAUCUGCGGCACAAAUCGACAGACGACGUUCUGCAACAGCUGGCAAGUCGCAGCCAGGCAGCCAUUAGCAGACACAUGGCUCUUUUAGAGUCGCUCCGUGGAAAGGGGCAGAUUGGCUCAUUGCAGGCCACGUUCAUGGCUCUGAAAGCACGAUGGAAACAGCGCCAACUAGAGGAGUCGCAAGCACAUGUUGAUCGCCUUUCCAAGGACCUCACGACCCAUGUUAUCUUGACUUGCAUUCCAAGUUUGAACCGAGACAUGGGUCAUCUCGGUGCAGACAUUGCGAAUCAUCAUCAGAGGAUGGAUGAAGAUAUCGGAGUAUUGAAGAAGCAACUAGCAAGAGUCUUGAGACAACAGCCACAACUCGUUACUGAAGUCUUUCCGGACACAGAAUGGAUAACCGGCGGCCCUCAAUUCCAGUUCCCAUACCAUAGCCUCCUCAGUGCUCUCAACCGCCUCGUUACCAUCGCACCUAGACACGAUCUCCGAUUUCUCUUCCUAGUCGACGGUCUUGACGAGUUCGACGAUAGGCCAAGUCUAGAUAGUGCUGGUUUACCUGAUCCGUCCGCUUAA